GUACACACCGGCAGAUCCGCGGACUGUGCUAGGAUCGCUCGAAUCUCACAGUAUUUUUAAUCAUCUUGCGUUCAAUUCGAAGAAGCCAUUCGCAUUUUGCCAUCCCAUCCGCGAUCUCGGCACCGGCGCUCUCAGCACGCCAUUUAUGUAGUCAGUCAGAGCUCAGCCACGCUUUGCAAAUCUCCGACUUGAUGUGCCCCUUUCCAACCGGCGAGAAAAACAAAACUUCUCAAAGAGCUUCAAGAUGUUCUUGACCUGCUUUUCACUAAACAGUUCGGACUUCGUCAUCACGUGAACGCUGCAAUGCCAGCCUCACGAGAUUUUCCGCCUUGGGACAGCACCAGCAGCUGGAGUCACGGCCGAGUUACCGAGCCAACUGGCAUUGGCAAAGCGUGAAAAAUGCGAAGAUUCUCCCUAAAAAAAAAGAAGUCGUUCCGGUUUUAAACAGUGCAGACGGGACGGACGCAGCCGCUGACAAUCACUCCUUGUUGGAACCCUACCCCCUACUCUCCUCUCCCUCGAGAGGCUCGCGGCAACUCCAGUGACGGUCUCACAACGAAAACCACCUCGUACCCCGUACGUUCGUGCCACUUUUUCGUAGGAAUCGCAACACUCCGAGACCGCACGACAGCCAAUGAAGCCCAAGGCCCCCAGCGACGCCAAGACGGCGCUGGAGCUGGCCGAAUCCAGCGAGUGGAGCGCGCUGGACCGCCUCGUGACGGCGCAACCCGAGCGCGCCGACGAUAUGGACGACUUUGGCAUGAUGCCGCUGCACUGGGCCUGCACGGACACGCACGUGCCGCUACGUGUCGUCAAGAAGCUUGUGGACGUGGCCCCGUCUGCUUUAAGCCACAAGAACAAGGGCGGUUUGCUGCCGCUCCACAUCGCCGUCAAGGCCGCCACGAAGCUCGAGGUGCUGCGCGCGCUCGUACAGGCCGCACCGGAUGUCGCCGCGUGUCUGUUUGAAGAGACCCCGACGGGCGAGACGCCUGCUGAGCUUGCUAGAGCCUAUCAGCUUACAGAUGAUAAGGUCAGUUUCCUCGUAGACAUGGAGCAACAGCUCCGCGCCGCGGGUAAAGCGCCCGACCGCCCGAGCGCGAGAUUCCAGGCCUUCUUGAACCAGCCUGGAGGCUUCCCCCUUCCGGCAGAUGAUACCUCCAGUGUCAGCAGCUUCAGGAGUCUGCCAACAGCACUGGGAAGUGGUCGCGGAGGCGCCGCAUUGGACGACGAAUGGGCUAGCAACAGAACUGCAGUGACCGCUCUACGUCUACCCGACGGACUGGCCGGUGUCCCGCUGCCCCCGCGUUGGCGACUGGACAAACGCUGCAACAUUUGUCAACUGAAAUUUAGCUACUUCAAGACGCGUCAUCACUGUCGCUCUUGCGGCGAGUCGGUGUGUAGCACACACUCGAACAAGCGGCUGCCGCUGCACCACUUGGGACUCAGGACGCCACAGCGCGUAUGUAUUUUAUGCUACGAUGAUCUGCGAGAGAAUGGCGCGCCCUCAGCUGUAGUCAACAUGUACGGCCACGGACGUCACAGCGGCUUGCCGCCUAUGGAGCCCAACAUGACGCGACAGGAGUCCACGCCGCUCCCAGGAAAGACAGGCCGGCCGCCGCUGCGCUCCAUCAACAGCACAAUCUCGAUGACCACUGCGUCUUCAAGCAGCCGUGACUCGGCGUUCCAGAGUCCCUCAGAUGCCGACAAAUACUUCCAGACGGCACACACACCGCGUCGUGUCACUUUGGGUGAUAAAAGCUCUACAGAUAACAACGACGGUCGUGAUCCCACACUUACGACCAACCUGCCGUUCGAGGACGACUCGCGUGGCCGUCCUCGUGCUUGGACAGAUGUAGAAUCAACCGAGAAGUAUCAGGAUAUGCAGGAACAAGUGCGUGAACUGGAGUCCCAUGUGCAGGAGCUGACGUUGGCCAAGUCUCGUAUUGAAAAGAAGCUGGAAGACGCCACCCGAUUGGCUGCUGAAGCCAAGAAGGAACGCAACGCAGUGGACGCCAACGUGGCUGAGCUGCGCAACAACCGGAUCAUUGAUAUUAACCGCAUCUCGUUCGACGAUGAUGAAGACGACGAGAACCACAACAAUAGCAACAAGGCACCGGACUUCACCAAGAGUUUCAUGCAAGGCAGACACAAACAGGUGACGGUGGAGGUCGAAAAGAACAUCGAAUUGAUUGAGGACAAGGAAGUGAACGUGGCUGAAACGUGCAACUACCUGGGUCAAGUAUUCCUCGACCGUGGCGAGUACACCAGCGCUGUCGUGGAGUUCCGCAAGUCCGUGGAGGCUAACCGUAAGGAUGUGGACGUGUGGAUCAACCUGGCUCGUGCUCUUCACGGCGCUGGCGAGUUUUACGACGCAGAGAUCGCUAUCCGACGUGCAUUGGCUCUUACCCCCAAGAACUACGCGUCGCUGUCAAUGUUGGGCAAGAUUUUGCACUCCAAGGGCGAGCACGACAAGGCUGUCGAGGUAUUCCGUGAGGCAUUGACUCUGAUGGAUCAGGAGGACGACUCGGAUGAAGAUGUCGGCUCGAUGACUGUUGGCUGGUAAAGGGUAACCCUGCCAACGUAAUCUCUUGUCUUCAUGUACCCAGCAUAGCGCUGGAAGUUACCAGACCACUGCCACAGCUUUGUUAUUUAGUAAGAAACCAUUUAGCCCGAGGCCUCACAUUAGGAGAGGCUGAAGGAUCAUAAAAAACGUAUAGUAGGAACAAAUACACGCGAUACCAAAUAUCUGCGCCAGUUCUUAGAUUUAGAAUCCCUAGAUUUUUAGAAUGGUUGCAAAUCAAAAAAGAAUCACUUCAACAUCAACAG